GCGGAAACACGGCUGCUUAAUUAUGCGAAAAAAUGGCUGCGGCCAAUAUAGCCUUUAUCUGGAGAAGAGUCUCGGCGGUACUGAAGAUUUCCGGGUCGUUAGUGACUCCAAAGGUCCCCGCUAGCACAGGUUGCAGGUUUUCUUUUAGUUUACUACCUAAGAAUGUGCCAAAUAUCACUUCCUUUUACCAGUGUAGAUUCCUUCAUACCACAUUGUCAAGGAAAGGACUAGAAGAAUUUUUUGAUGAUCCAAAGAAUUGGGGAGAAGAAAAAGUAAAAUCUGGAGCUGCUUGGACUUGUCAGCAGUUAAGGAACAAAAGUAAUGAAGAUUUACAUAAGCUUUGGUAUGUCCUACUGAAAGAAAGAAACAUGCUUCUAACUCUCGAGCAGGAGGCCAAGAGGCAGAGAUUGCCUAUGCCAAGUCCAGAACGAUUAGAAAAGGUGGUUGAUUCCAUGGAUGCAUUAGAUAAAGUUGUCCAGGAAAGAGAAGAUGCACUGAGGCUUCUUCAGACUGGUCAGGAAAGAGCUAGACCUGGUGCUUGGAGAAGAGACAUCUUUGGAAGAAUCAUCUGGCACAAGUUCAAGCAGUGGCCUAUCCCUUGGCACCUAAACAAAAGAUACAAUAAGAAACGAUUCUUCGCAAUGCCUUAUGUGGAUCAUUUUGUGAGUUUGCUGGAGAUCCUUCACGAACUGCUUCCUGAUGGUAAGAGCAUAUGCUACGUUAACAGAGUCCAUAACACAGGAAUGAAGAGUUGGGGGUAAAUUUCAAAAGGAAAAUUCAAUCCUUACUUACUUUUGAUGCAAUCAUAUAUGGAGGAAUCAAUUCUAUGUUCAUUUCUUGGAAGAGUUCUCUGCACUGCAUAGUAAUAAAAUCUCCAGCAAGAGGGGAUUUCACAAUGCCUGAGACACAGAUUUAACAAGGCUAAGAGAGCUAUAAGCCCAACUCCUAGGGACAAAUUUCUUCUGUGUGUUCUUAUAUAUGAAUAGUUUUUUCAAGGAGGAUUAACUGAACUAUCCUUCAAAGCAAAAGUAAAAUCAGGCAUAAGUUUUAAACAUAUAAAGAUUUUUUUAAAAAACUCUUAUGGCAGGACUUAGCACUGGACCACUGUCCACCAAUUGCCUAGCAUUUGUGAGCCCUGGACUGGAUCCUUAGCACACACACACAAAAACAAACAAAAACCUAAUAAAAGACAUUAUUGGGAAACUGAUGCUUCAUCAGUCCACUCCAUCGUUUAACUUCAUUGUUUGUGUCCUCAAACAUCUAAAAUCAUCUCGUUACACCUUGGUUAAAUACAGUUACCUUGCUGAAGAACAUAGCCAUCGUGGACUGGAAUUGCAGUGGUAUGAGUGGCUCCACUGUCCAAAAUCAGACCAGUAGAACGACCAUUAGCAAAUCUAGUUUAAAGCAUUAAGGAAAAGAAGGUAACAAGACUCCUAAACUAGUAUCUAUUGCAAAGGGCAGGUUCUCAUGAAGUUUCAGAUGCCACUUUUAAAACACACAUUAUCAUUUAAAAUAUGUUAAAAUAAACCUAGGGAUGAAAUUUGGUGUCAAAUAAUUCUAGUUUUAAAAACAAACUAUAUAGACAGGAAUUCCAGACUGGCUCUGUGAGAAACUCGGGGAAACCUUUCUACGGUCAAAAUUAACUUAAUCAACGAAAAUCUUUGGAGGUUGAUCAAAGAGGUCUUAUAACAAAGUGAGAUGUAUUUAUUAAUAAAAUUUACAAAAAUCUGGCAAGAAUAGUGGGAAGUUGUGGUAUCUGACCUAGGGAUUACAACCAUUCUCACAAAGCACUGGAAGAAUCAUCCCAGCAGUUUGGUAGCAAAGUGGUGGUGCCUGUCUUCAACUCAAUGAGACAGAAGAAUUAGUCCAGGUAAAUUCAAGUUGGUAAAUUACAGGCAAAUUUUCCCCAGUUCCAUGCUGCAGAAUGUAUAUUUGAGUGAACGUCCUAAACUAAUGUUUUAAAAGUAGGGCCAUUCUCUGGUUCACCAAAUAUCUACUAAGCAUCUGUGCUUACUGAGUCUGGUGCCUAGUAAAAUGUCAGAGGGAGGAAAGGUGAGAGAGAGAAAAGAAGGCAGACAGGUCAGUCUGCCACUAACAUUCCUUCAACAUGAAAGAUAUGUAAAGGUGAACCAAAACUGCCUCUACCCUGAAGGAUAUCCCGUUAGUAGAGAUGAGUCUUGCCAUAAAGAGAAAAACUCAGAAUGUCCUGAGGAGUUAUAAGGAAAAGAACACCUAACCAUUCCUAGGAAUUCAACUGAAAGCUGUGGAGGAUGCAUGGGCAGGGGAAGGAGUAUGUAGGAGAGACUGGCAAGAGAACAUAGUGAAGUUAGGGAACUGCAACUAAUGCAGCACAGCUGGAAAGCAGAAUGAGAAAAGGAAUAUGGAAGAUGAUCCUAGCUUAAAGCAGACUGGUUCUUCAGAAAGGUUAUUAGAACUGCAGUAUAAAGAAUGGGCAAGACAAGAGAAGGUGUUGCAACAGUCCUAGAAAUAGUUUACAUCUAAUGCAGUGGGAUAGAAACAAACGGAUCUGAGCAACAACAGGGAAGAAUAGAUGAGCCUUCAUGACUAAUACAUUUGUACAGCUGAAGAGGGAAAAAAAUGACAGUUUGAACAAAUUAAUGGAAGAUUAAUGAGUAUUUUUUUUGUGUGUGUGUUAAUGGGGAUUGAACUCAGGGAUGGAUGGAUGAAUGAAUUAUGAUUACUUUUUUGAGAGACACAUACUAAAAUCUUUUAGAAAUAUAUACUAAAGUUUCUACUUAUAAAAUAACAUGUCUGGGAUUUGCUUCAAAAUCAUAGUGGGAGAGAGAACUUAGCUAAUGUGUUAAAAACAGUUGAAGCUGGGUGAUGAGGGGGCCCAUCAUAAUAUUCUAUCUUCUAUUAGUCUGAAAUUUUCUAUAGCUAAAAGUUAAAAAUAAAAGGCCCAAUUCUGUUUACACACUCUUUGUAAGGAAUUAAUCAGAUCUACAUUCAAAUUCAAGACAGUCAUUAUCAAACUGUGAACUUGGAGAAGUUUGCUUACUUUAUGACUUCAUUUUCUGGCAGAGUUAUUAUGAGAAAUAUACAAUGAAUCUACUAAUCCUCUUUCCUUCCCCUACUCAAAAUCCCACAGUAAACUUGAACCUGAAGUUCAAAUAUUUAAAAUCCAACGUGCAAGGCCUCUAUAUACAGUUUGACCUAAAGCUAUUUUUACAACGCCCUCUGAAGUUUAAUAUGUAUCUUCAACUAUUAAACAAAGUCACAAUGAUGACCCUUACACUUUCCACUUCCACACUUUUUGCUAAUGUCACCUCCAAGACACAGCACUAAAGACAAUGGUUAGAUAACAGCUAACACAGUGAUUCUCAAAUAUAUAAAACACUUAUUUGAAGAUUACAGCAAGCCAGAAAGGUAUUCAGGAUAAAUACAUAAAAAGCAAAGCUCAAGGUCACACAUUUAUAAGCCAUACAAUCUGAACUCUAAAUACAGGGCUCGUUCCUCUAUAACAUGCAACUAAAUUCUAUUUACAAAGGUUUGUCAGGCUAUUAUGCUCCUCCUCUGAACUGUUACAAUUAAGGUAUGAAAUAGGAAUUCAUCAGGUACUUCUUUAUGACAUUGCCAAUGUUGUUGUGAAGUACAAUUUAAAUGUUAUUUAGCUUUUAACAAGAAUAUUUUCAUUACAAAUUCUUUGAGUUCAGGGCAUAUUAUCCUUUGUUCCCUCCUUAAUGUCUUACAAUAAAUAUCUGAUGACUGAGUAACUUCCAAAUGAAUUUACAGUCAAUUUCCCAUUUUCUGAUAUUGGAGGAGAAAGAGAAAAUGGCAAUACUCAAACUCAAUUUAAGUCAGCUGGUUAAAACACUCCUCUUCAUUCACAUUCCCCUUCCUAAACACACACACACACACACACACACA